AUGAUUAGCAUCCAGGACGCUGCCGUGCCAGAGAUUGUCUCAUCGCACGUCAAGUCUGGCAGCAGUGGCAACGGAUCCCCGAACGGCGACGAUAACGAUAUGUGGCGAUCCCUGGACGAACUCAUAGGGCCAUCUAACGAAGUAUGCCACAUGGCAAUUUUGCGCGACAAUCAGUUCGGAGACGUCACCUUGAAUAUUGGUGGCGGUGCGGCUCAAACAGACGACGAACAUUCAAGAUGCGGGAACGAAGGAGACCGUGAGAUUCAGAUGGACGCAACAGAUAUUGCCGACCUCUUGACGAUGUCCACCGCUCCCAGCUCCGAAUUGGACGAAGCUGAGGUUGCGGAGACUCCAGCCAAGACCAUCGUCAUCAAUUCCGACCUCGCCGCGAUAUACUCCCCCGUCUUUCGUGCCAUGUUGCGGACAAACUUCGCUGAGUCAAAAGUCAACAAUAGCCGGGAUAACUGGGUCGUGAACCUACCAGAUGACAAUGUCGAGCCGCUGUUCUUCGUCUUGUCCAUGAUUCAUGGCCGAUGGGAGAACAUACCGGCAAAGAUAUCCGUCGAUGAGUUGCAUGAUCUUCUGCUUACGGCAGACAAGUACGACAUGAUGCGAAUCUUUCUACCAUGGUACUUGCACUGGACGGCCAGCUAUCAGUUUUUGGAGUGGCGUCCAUGGGAUUGGUGUGUCAUGAGCCUGCCACACGUGGAUCUCCUCCUCUGGAUUGCUUGGGAAACUCGGAUGAGGGCAGAUUUCGAAACCAUCAUGUUUAGAAUGAGCUACUGGUAUCGCGUCAACGACAAAGGCGAGCUGUUGGGUUUUGAUGGUCUGCCCUUGCAACUUCGAGGUACCUGGAACACCGACGAGGUCAUGAAAACCAUUUCUCAAUGGAGGCAGAGAGGAGUCGAUUACGUACACCACAUCUUCCACGAGGACAUUACGCGUGACAUCCAGCACUCUGCAUGCACUCGCUACAUGUAUAGAACGUGUAAGGCGAGCUGUGUUGAAACGAUUGUUCACAUCUACAAUGCCGUAGGUAUUGGCAGUGCUCCCAUGCUGCGGGCUCACACCGGCAACUUAGCGGAUCUGGUGAGAAUAAUGUGGGAUGUCGGCGAGAAAGUGCUCCAGAGUCCGCAUUGCGACAAUGUUCGCGACAACAUCUUUAGGGUUGAGGAAGAAUUUCAACUCGAAGUUGACAACUAUAUGUGGGGGCUCGUGACUCUGGCUGGAAGGAACAAUUCCAGACCCUUCCGCCGCCGUGUGCCGCCGUCAGAUGGGUGUAUUGGGCGCGAAUAA